AUGGAUUCCCAACCGGAGCAGCAAGAACCCAGAAGCUACUGGAAAAGAUGGACCAAGCAAGACUUCUUCCCGGAACCCACUUUCCAAAACUUGACUUCCUACAAAGACGCCCUCUCCCACACUCCCUCCCGCCUCAAAGACCGCCUCCUCAACCGCUCCUCCGACUCCUUCGAGCUCCUCCACCUCCCCAAGCAAAGCGAGCACCACAUGAAACGCUGCCUCACCUGGUGGGACCUCAUCUGGCUCGGCUUCGGCUCCGUCGUCGGCUCCGGCAUUUUUGUCAUCACCGGCGAAGCAGCUCUCAUGGUCGGCCCCGCCAUUGUCCUCUCCUACGCCAUCUCCGGCCUCUCCGCUCUCCUCUCCGUCCUCUGCUAUACCGAGUUCGCCGUCGAAGUCCCCGUCGCCGGAGGCUCCUUCUCUUAUCUCAGGAUCGAGCUCGGUGACUUCGUCGCCUUCAUCGCUGCCGGGAACAUUCUCCUCGAGGCCAUUGUCGGCGCCGCCGGGCUAGGCCGGUCGUGGACGUCUUACCUGGCCAGCAUGAUCAACACAAACAACACUGACUUUUUAAGGUUUCGGGUGAGUUCACUUCCUGAUGGGUUCAACUUGUUGGACCCAGUUGCUGUUGUGGUUCUUCUAGUUGCUAACGGUAUAGCAAUGAGUGGAACAGCUCGGACUUCCAUGCUUAACUGGAUCGCUUCUAUUGCAAGUGCAUUGGUCAUUCUGUUUAUUAUAGUUGUCGGUUUUAUAUAUGGCAAGGUUGAGAAUCUGCGCCCCUUUUUCCCUUACGGGGCUGAGGGUGUUUUCAAGGCUUCGGCUUUGGUGUAUUGGUCUUAUACUGGUUUCGACAUGGUUGCCAAUCUUGCGGAGGAAGUUAAGCAGCCCUCGAAGGAUAUACCGGUUGGAAUGAUUGGUUCCAUGAGCCUGAUCACUGUCAUUUAUUGCUUGAUGUCUUUGGCUUUGGUUAUGAUGCAGAAGUAUACUGAGAUUAGUGCAGAUGCUGCGUAUUCGGUUGCGUUUACAGCUAUUGGGAUGAAUUGGGCUAAGUAUUUGGUGAGUAUAUGUGCUCUUAAGGGAAUGACUACGAGCUUGUUGGUUGGAUCUCUUGGGCAGGCUAGGUAUACCACGCAGAUUGCGAGGUCUCAUAUGAUUUCACCCUGGUUUGCUCUGGUUCAUCCGAAAACUGGAACCCCCAUUUAUGCUACUAUAUUGGUGACCAUAGCGAGUGCAAUUGUGGCCUUCUUUACUAGUCUGGAUGUGUUGUCGAGUGUGUUUUCUUUCAGUACGCUCUCUAUAUUCAUGUGUGUGGCUAUUGCAUUGCUUGUGAGGAGGUAUUAUGUUAAGGAUGUGACUGCUAAAAAGGACCUGGUCAAGUUUCUUGUGAGUUUAUUUGUUAUAAUUGGUUCUUCAAUUGCAAUUGCUGCGCUGUGGAACACAAAUGUGAGAGGUUGGGUUUGGUAUGUUGUGGCCGGUGUGAUUUGGCUUUCUGGGACUUUGUGGAUGGCAUUGCUUCCCAAGCGAAGAGUUGCCAAGGUUUGGAGUGUUCCACUAGUUCCAUGGUUGCCUGCAUUGUCCAUUGGAAUUAACCUCUUCCUCAUUGGGUCUCUGGGUUAUGUUGCAUUCUUGAGGUUUGCCAUUUGCACUGCAGUAAUGAUUGUCUACUAUUUGUUUGUUGGUGUACAUGCCACAUAUGAUGUUGCUCACCAGAUUGACCAACAACAAUCAAGGACUGAGGAGGGAAGUGCUAGUUCACAGGUACUGCUGUAGCAGAUUGAACAAGAAUGGACUCAUGUGAACCAAGUUACAUAUUCUCGUAUAUUUCAUUAGGUAUGUUUCAAUUUUAGCUGCUUUUAAUAUCAUUUUCCAUAUGUUGUAGUUUCAACAGAAAUUCAAUUGGUACAGAAAGUAAUUGAUUAUAUGAAAUUGGGUU